UCUCCUAGGUGCUUUCUUGCAUCUUGGAUCCACUCCUACAGCUGUGCACUGUGUCGGCCAGUAACCUAGGCACUGCUGACAUGGCCACCUACAUGGUCAACUCACUGUACGUUAUGAAGACCACCCUGGCUCUGUUUGAGUUCACUGACAAGAGGCUUGAGAUGCUCGAGUUCCAGAUCGAGGCUCAUCUCGAUACGCUGAUCAACGAGCAGGCGUCCUACGUGCUGACCAGAGCCGGACUGAGCUACAUCUAUAGCUGCGUGCAGCAGCACAGCACCGAGCAGGGCCCUCUGUCCCUCCUGCCCAGCAUGGACAGCUCUUCUGUGAAAGCAGCCAUGGUCCAGUUUGAUAGGUACUUAUCAUCACCUGACACUCUCGUGAUGCCGCAGCUGAACUUCCUGCUCAGUGCAGCCAUCAAGGAGCAGAUUUUCCGUCAGUCCACGGAGCUGGUGUGCCGAGCUUACGGGGAGGUGUACUCGGCGCUGAGUAGCCCGACUAAUGGCUACAAGGACCCGGAAACCUGGUACCCAGAUCACCUCAGCAGGUUCAGACCUUACUGUCCUGAGAAAAAAAAAAACGCAAAAACAGACGCACCACGAGGGCGAACGGCAGAGUCGGACAUCUUGUUAUUUAAAGAACUGUGUAAUUUGUACAGCGUAAUAACAUAAAUGUAUAUAAAUGUGGCCGUUAA